AGGGCGGCGUCUUGAGCAGAACUCGUCUGACAUGAGCAGCUUCUUCUCAGUCUGACAGAGAUGUAAUUCCUGUUGCUCAGGUUGUGGUUGCCUUCCUGCCUUUCGUUUCCUUUUUCCAUCUCUGAAUUGGGAUAAAGGGAAGACAAGAGGAAGAUGCCACUCUUUUUCCGUAAAAGGAAACCCAGCGAUGAAGCCCGCAAGCGCCUUGAGUACCAAAUGUGCCUGGCAAAGGAAGCCGGAGCUGAUGAUAUACUUGACAUAUCCAAAUGUGAACUCUUAGAGCUUCCAUAUGGAGCCUUGGCGACCUGUAAAGUCUUGCAGAAGAAGGUGCUGAUUGCUCACACCAAUUGCUUGACAUCUCUGACCCCUAAAUCCUGUAGCAUCCUGAAUCUCAUAACUGUGAAGGUUUUAGAUCUACAUGACAACCAGCUGACCUCGCUUCCUCCUGAUAUUGGCCAACUGACGUCUCUCCAGGUCCUGAACUUUGAAAAGAAUCUUUUGAAGGCCCUUCCAGAUUCGAUAGGGGACCUUGUCCAGCUGCAGACACUUAAUGUGAAAGGCAACAAACUGAAGGAACUGCCAGCCUCCCUGGGCGGCCUGCGUAGCCUACGGACCUUAGACAUCAGCGAAAACCUAGUGCAGGAGUUGCCGCAGGCACUGGCUCACAUCCGAACACUGGAGACACUGACCCUGGAUGCCUCGUCCAUGUCCUACCCGUCCAAUGACAUCUGCAGCACUGGCACAGAGGCCAUCCAGCAGUUUCUGUGUGGAGAAUUAGGAAUCGAGUACAAUUCUCCCUCCCAGUAUUUACUCCCAGUUUUGGAAAGUGAUGGAGGUGAGAUUUCGGUGGAUGGAGUCGGCAGGAUGGCCACAAAAUAUGCGGAGAAUGAGGCUGAGUGGCAGAACAAAUUUAUGGACUACGAGAAGCGGAAGGAGCAGAAGAUGCAGGAGAAGCUGGAGUUUGAGCGCUGGUUGAAUCUGGAGCAGCGAGGUCAAGCCCAGCUCAUGCACCAGAGCCACGCCCAGAAAGGGGAGAUCCUCCAGAGCAUGAAGGAGGAUCAGGUGAGGCUGGAGCAGGGCCUGACCCGGCACCAGGAGCGCCUGGGAGAAGAACGCAUGAAGCUGUUGGAGCAGCUGAAGCAGAUGGAGCAAGGGGUCUCCAGCCGGAUCAAGAAGCUGCUGGAAGAGAACCAGAGGCAAAAGCAGAGCUCUGAGAUUCUCAAAUCUCUGGAGAAUGACCGGAUCCGAAUGGAGCAGCUGAUGGCCAUUACUCAGGAGGAGGCUGAGCAGCUGCGCAGGAAGGAAGUGGCCUCGGCCAUGCAGCAGAUGCUGGCCGAGACCUAUAAGAACAAGCUCCUGCAGGUGGCUUACGAGUCACGCCGGCAAGAUCUCGUCAACCAGACUUGUUCCAGCCUAGCCAAGAUGGAUCAGAAGUUCCAGCAAAUCCUAGCUUGGCAGGAGCUGGACCAGAACAAAGCCAUCAGCCAGAUCCUACAGGAGAGUGAUAUGCAGAAGGCUGCGUUUGAAGCCCUCCAGGUGAAGAGGGAUCUCAUGCACUGCCAGAUCAGAAAUCAGAUUAAGUUAAUAGAGAGAGAGUUACUGCAGCUGACCCAGCUGGAGUUAAAGAGGCAGCAGUUGGACACAGAGGCGCUGCAGGAGGCAAUCACAGAGCAGCGGCAAGCCCUCACCUACCUGCUGCAGCAGCUGCUGAAGGAGAAGAGGCAGCGGGAAGAAGAGCUGCAGGCCAUCUUGAGGGAGCUGGAAGCUAAGAGUGAGACAAAGCAAGAGAACUACUGGCUGAUUCAGUACCAGCGGCUUUUGGACCAGAAGCCCCUUUCACUCCGGCUACAGGAGGAAGGACUGGAACGGCAGCUUGUGAAGCUCCUGGCAGACCUGUCAGCCGACCAGUACACGCCCGUCUUUGCACAUCACCGGAUCUCGCUCAAAAUGCUAAGCUCCAUGGUCCCAAGUGACUUGGCCAAGAUGGGGAUCACAGAGACAGGCCUGCAGCACUCCAUCAUCCGGAAAGCCCGAGAGAUCCACGCCGUGGCUGAAACCAUCCCAGAGUUGCUGAAGCCUGCAGAAGAGGCAGAGCUUGCUGCUCCGGGGACCAGCAGAGAGCCCCCCAUCGCCAUGGCUCCUUCUGCCCCACCACCAGAAGAGCACCACUGUGAGUGUGUGGUCUGCAUGGAGCGAGAGGCCCAGGUGGUAUUCCUGACUUGCGGCCAUGUCUGCUGCUGCCAGACCUGCUCCGAGGCCCUGAGCACCUGCCCGCUGUGCCGCAAGGACAUCGUCCAGCGCAUCCGUCUUUUCCACAGCGGAUAGCCCCAUGUAGGGACAGUGUCACUCCCACCAUGUGCCCGCUUCUUCCCCCUCAACCUUGCGCACUGGGUUGCCAGGGGUGGAGGUGGGGUCAACUGUUCAUUUGGCGUGCUGCGUAGGUCAGUCCGGGAUUUGCACUACCUCCUUGCUCUUUGUCUGCAUAACCAUCACCAUCCUCUGCUCACAGAGCAUGGCUGCAAUUCUCCCCCCUCAAACUCUCGGCUGUUGGCUGUGGCUGCUCUAAGGCCAAGAUGGAGGCACAUCUCCGGGUUGAGGGCAGAAUGGCGCUUGCAGUUCCUGAAAAGCUACCCUCACAUUUUGGGGAACAGGCCAGCACCACAUCUUCUCUGGCAGCCUGGCAGGGGUUAUUUAAAGAUGCCAGUCCCAACCUAUGGGCAGAGUGGGUUCUAGGGGCUUCAGUACAGGAGAAGAGAUUCCAUUCUGUCUGCCCACCUAACAAAUCAGGGCUGGGUGUGUGUGUGUGUGUGUGUGUGUGUGUGUAUUUCUGUGGCUGGGUUUUAGGCCACUACUGGCUGAGCUGUAGCAGCACCCAGUGGAGCAAAAGUGCCUGGUAGCUGUCCCAUCUGUCACCCUGGGAAAGAGUGAUUCCCAGCUGUCCAGCAUCCAGCUCCCAGUCUAGACCACUUUGAACUCUUUCCAGGCCAGCAUUUUAAAGCUGCCACCCCCAACUUGGUGCCCUCUAGCUGGGAUGACUGCAUUAAGGACCCCAUAAAGGGUGGGUGGAUAAGUGAAGCAAGCGCCCUGGUUGGGUCGUGGUCUCGUCCCACCCACUACAUGUUUUUCACUAGUGGAGUAUGUGUGUGUUUGCUCGGUUCAUUGGUCAGUAAUUGACCUUGAUAGUCUGCCAAGGCAACAUCUCCUCCAGAAGAAACCAGCCUCCACCUGGUUUUGCUUGGCAGGUUUCCUGGCAGGAGAAAGUGGACACUCGUAUUUGCAACUUCCAAGAAACAGGCCCCCUGAGCCUCUUUCACUGCCUUACUGCUCACCCAAUACUCAUCAUUCUGUGUUCCCAUGGAGCCAGGUGACUGAGGAAACCUUUUGGCUUCUUCUGGCAUUGCUGAACCACAACUCCCACCUUCCUCAGCAAGUGUGGCCAACACCCAGGGAUUAUGGGAAUUGUGGUUCAGCCACAACAGGAGGGCCAAAGGCUCCCUACAUCUGGAUUACAGGAAAGCCAAGAGGUGAGGUCUGCCCUUUUUAGCAAAGUCAGCUAACAUGAACGACAGUACGGUGCUUUAUUCUAUCACAGUUUUCUCCAAAAGGAUCUCCAAAUAUUAUAUAAGUGAAAGGUAAAAUGCACCAGAAGAAUGAGGUGUUGUUUUGCCUGCCAGGAAGCCUUAGUCCCAGUGCAGGUGUGGGGAUUCUUUGCCACUCCAAAUGAGACUGAAUUACAACUCCUGUCAUCAUCCCUGGCCUUUGGCCAUGCUUGCUGAGCCUGAGGGGAGCUGUAGUUCAGCAAUGUCUGGAGAGCCUAAAGUUCCCCCAGGCUUACAAGGAAAACUUACAAGGAAAACCAAGAGGGGAGAGAUUGGCGGAAACCCUAUGGAAGGGAGGCCUUGCCUAUGCCUGGUCAUGGAGGCUGUGCCUCAGUAAUCCCUCUCCACCCACC